AUGAAAAAUACAUCAAUAGAAUCACGUCGAAGCGCCCUAAGCAUGGCGAUUGCCGGACUUAGGUUGUGCGGGAUUUGGAGCCUGGAUUCAUCGAGCCCGAUUUUCCUAAAACUUCUACAUAAAAUUUCAAACAUUUUUGGCAUCAUUGCGCUAAUUAUUUUUGUGGGAACGUUAGCUAUAGAUCUGAUACUUAAUUCUAACGAUCUUUUGAUUGCCACCGAUGAUGGAUGUUAUCUCGCUGGAAUAUCUGUUAUAGUAUUCCAAGUAUACAAUUUUCGCCGUCAUCACAAGAGAAUAAAAAACCUCAUAUACGCAACUUAUAGACCUAUUUAUGUACUUCAAAAGUAUACAGAUGUUGGACUAAAUAGAAUUUUAGAUACUACUGCUUACUACCAAGAUCUAGAAUUUUGGUUUUUUGUAUUACUCGGUAGUAGUCUGACGAUAGCAUUAAUGUUUUUUGUGCCAACAAAAGAUGGUAGUCUACCAAUACGAGCAGCUUAUCCAUUUGAUACAACAAAGUCACCGAUGCAUGAAAUAGCAUUCGUUCUUCAAUUUUACGCAGUAGCUUACGGUAUCAUGGCGAUUGUUUUUAUUGACACAGUGGGUUUAGGACUCAUUAAAUGGAUUAAUAUCCAGUGCGUUAUUCUCGCGUCAAAUUACCAAAAUUGUCGAAUCAAUGAAAGUAAAUUAAUCUCUUCAGAAUCUUCCGAUAAUUUAUCAAUGAUCGCAUCUAUUGCUGAAGACAUUAACAAUACUAAUGACGAUUAUGAUGAAAAAGAACCAAAUAUAACAACAUUUUGCCCAUUCGAUGAUCAAGAUACCGAAGGAAUCAGCAAUUGUUUUGUCGCGCGAUUUAAAAGAUGCACAAAAAAUCAUCAACAGCUUUUGGAUACCGUUGACCAACUAAACGAUUGUUUCAGUAGCAGUAUGUUGAUGCAAUUGUUUGCAAGUUUUUCAAUGAUUUGCUUGACUGGUUUUCAGGCUGUUCUGGGCGCAACAACAAAAACCAGUUUAAUAAAAUUCGUCCUCUACUUGGGAGCAGCAUGUACGCAAUUAUUUAACUGGUCUUGGGUUGGAAAUGAAUUACUCUAUCAGAAAGUAACAUUACUAACAAGUCAAUGGACAUCUGGCUGGGAAAAUGAACUUGAUUCCAAUAUUAAGCCAUUGUUAAUAAUGUCCAUGAUUAAAACAAUGAGACCUAUGGCGCUACAAGCCGGUGGAUUUUUCACCAUGUCUAUGGCAACAUUUCUUUCCGUGGACAGUUCAGAUUUAGGAACAUUGAUAACUAUAAAAAAAACAAUAUUUUUGGAAAAUCUUGAUUUCUAUAUGUUUUCAUCAUUUGCCACGACAUUGGGACUGUCGACGACAUUUUUAGUUCCCCGUAAAAAAGGUGAAUUGCCAGUACGCGCAUUGUUUCCAUUUGAUACUAGAAUAUCACCAAUGCACGAAAUAGCAUUUUUCAUCCAAAUAUAUUCAAUUGCCUUUGGGUUGACAAAUGUCGUAACACUGGAAUUCAUAAGUUUGGGAUUUAUACGCUGGACUACCGUACAAUUGAUUGUAUUGACUUCAAAUUAUAAAAACUGUCCUGAUGAUAUUGUCGAUGAUUGUUAUUUAUGGCGAUUCAAAACAUGCAUUAAACAUCAUCAGCGGCUUACUUUGAUUGUCAAGGAAUUGAAUAGCUUAUUCAGUUCCAGUAUGUUUACGCAGCUUGCAACAAGUGCUACAAUGAUUUGUUUGGCUGGUUUUCAAGCAGUAUUAGGCUCGAAUGAUAAAUCUAGUUUUAUGAAAUUUACUGUCUACCUUGGAGCGACUUUUACACAAUUAUUGUAUUGGUGUUGGUUUAGUAAUCAACUUCUCACUCAGGCAAUUUCAUUAACAUCUGGGGUUUGGAUGUCAGGUUGGGAACACCAGUUACCACUGAAUGUUAAAAAUUUAUUAACCAUUUCAAUAUUACGGACAUUGAAACCAUUACAAUUGAAAGCUGGAAACUUCUUUACUCUAUCUUUGGAGCUUUUUGUGUCGGUGAUACAGAAUUCUUAUUCGUACUUUGCAAUUCUUAAUACUGUUCACAGUAAUGAUGAAUAG